ACUCACAUUGUUGCAAUACAGUAGGUCCACGUACUUCCAUGGGCUGGAGACGUAACAUGUAUAAACUGCCCACUGCCCGGUCCUGCUAUUUAACAGGUGUAGCAGCAAGUGCAGCAAAGUCGUUUAUAGACAGAUAUAGCCCGGGACUAUGCGCUCAAUCUGGGGUUUAAUCGCCUUGGUGGCCACAGCAACUUUUUACUUGUAUCUGCUGUCUGCGUUCCUGCCGCCGGGUCCUCGUGCCGUCCGCGUUCACGACGCUGAACCUGAACACACAGCCGAUGAGUCGGAGGAGGAAGUACUCAGGUUGAAGUUCCCAUCUGAUCUAGAGGAGUUGAGGGAACUAGCCGAACUGCUGAAGUUCUAUAAGACAGAACACACUGGCUAUGUGUUCAUUCUCUUCUGCAGUGCCUACCUCUACAAGCAGUCCUUUGCCAUUCCAGGAUCGUCCUUUUUGAACAUGCUGUCGGGAGCAUUGUUCGGGCCAUGGCAUGGACUCCUCAUUGCCUGCACUUUGACUACUGUGGGUUCCACCAACUGUUACCUGCUGUCCCGUACAUUUGGCAAACGACACAUCAUCAGGAUCUUCCCAGAGAAGGUGGCAAUGCUGCAGAGAAUGGUGGAAGAGAACAAGAGUAGUUUGUUCUUCUUCUUGCUCUUUCUGCGAUUCUUUCCCAUGACACCUAACUGGUUCUUGAAUAUCACCUCUCCAAUCCUCAACAUCCCCAUCCCCAUAUUCUUCUUCUCCAUCCUCAUUGGUCUAAUCCCUUAUAACUUCAUCUGUGUCCAUACGGGAGCCAUCUUGUCUGAGAUCCACUCUUUGGAUGAUAUCUUUUCGUGGGGCACCUUGCUGCAGCUCCUGCUGAUCGCAUGUGUGGCUCUACUUCCUGGAGCUCUCAUCCGCCGCUACAGUCAGGCCCAUCUCAAACUUGAUGGCCUGGAACCCAACGGACACCAAAAGGUCCUGAAUGAUCGCAAGACUAGAUGAUCCAAAGACAGACACAAUAGGAGACUGCGGUCUUAUGGGACGGAUCAUCGGUCUGGAGUCACAGUUGUCCCAAUGGAAAGUGGAACUGAAAUACUAAAUAUUAGUUAUCAGAUGUUUAACAAAGAGAAGAGACUAUUAAUGUCUUAAAAGAGUACACACUCAGAUUGCUGACUUGUUACAUACAGACCACUGGACAUUGCCUCAUUUUAUAGGAAUUUUACAGCUUUAAGUUUUUUAUUGAAGCAAAAGAUUUAGUUACAUUGUCGGGUGUUGUUUAGUGUUUGUGUGUGACUUAAUUUAUUUCUGGAGAUCUGUACGUUUCAUGUGUUUCAUAAGUUUGUUUACACAUUUAACAAAAGAAAACUAAAGACUAGUUACUCCCCCC